UCGUUGGCUCAUGCCCCACGGAGAUAACCUUUUUCCCACGGACGACGUCGAUCUCGACGGGAUCCGAACCUUCCAGCACGAGCCGACGGUGGUGCUCGUGGAACUCGUCCUCUUCCCCCGUCCUCAAUGAACCUAUCCCCGAUCUCCACUUUCGACCUCGCCUCCUUCUUUCCCACUUUCUGGCAAUCUGGAGUCCAUCCGCACGUUUCCCUUUGUUUGGAAUCCCUCGCUGCCCCCCUCCUCGAUCCCCAGCAGUGGAGGCGUUGGCGAGAGCACUUCGUAGAGCUGUCGGUGUGUCUGGUCGGAGUAAGGGUCACGUGGACGCGGCACGGGGAUCACCGCCAGUGGGCCAAGUACCUCGAGCUGCUUAUCAUCCAGGCGUGGCGAACGGAAGUGGACGGCGAUCUUCUUAGAUUCCUCUUCGGAUCAGUGCGGCCCGAUCAUCGCCAACUGAUCGUACAAGAGUUAACGGUCCCCCUUGCGCAGCUGGCCGACGAUCUCCCUCUUGAGAUCGUCUCGCAGAGCGACGACAGCCCGGUCCCGCACGUUCUCACGCGGACCUUGGCACCAUAUCUUCAGUGGUCGGCGUGCUUGGAGGAACCAGGGAGCGGCCGCAACCCACCAUCACAGCGCGGUUAUUUGGACCCGCAUAAGAUAGUCGACUUCGCCUUCUUCCAAGAUCGGACGGCUUCCAAGAAUGAGGAGGUAGAGAUUGAAGCGGAAGAAGAAAGCUCAGAAGAAGAAGAAGAGGUCGAAGAAGAGGCCGACAAGGAAGAAACUCCCGAAGAGAGGAGUUACAGUGAGCACAGCGAAGGGGAGCAAAGUGAAGAGGAGGAGGAAGAAGAGCAAAACGACGAAGAAGAAGAAGAUCAGGAGGAGUUGGAAGAGUCGGAGUGGGAAGGAUUCGAGGAGGAAGUGCGCGACGAGGCUCGGGCGCAGUCCCAGGCGCAGAAGAGGGAAGAAAUCGUGGCCGGGAAGAGACAGUUGGAGUUCGCCAGCGCAGCCGGCCAGCCGCUCACCGACGAUCCGGCCCGGGAUCCAGAGCCACCUAAGCCCGAGGAUGGAGAGACAACUGCUGAGACUUCGGCCGCACCAGCGCAAUGGUGACGAAGCUGAUCCCCCUCCCCCUCCGCCUCCGACCGCCCACCAACUUGUCCACGUACCGAUGCGGGGCACCGGGCUUCG